AUGCCCUGUUUCCAGGUGCAGUUGUACGCGCCAAACACCCGACAACUGGAAUUGGCGCUUGGUCUGAUUGAGGAGCGUCUUCCGCGUCUCUACGAGCAGGCCAUCUUCACAAAACAACUGCCCUCCAUGUCAACUCGAAUGCCGACGGGACGACGUUUCCUGUUGCCGUCGACUCAACGUUCACGUAACGUCUCUUUGGCCAGUCACUGUCCGCACUACGUGGAGCCAAUUGAACGGGCAAUCUGGCGAGCUGAAGGUGAGCCUCAAGCUCGACAUCGUCAGUCGAAAAUGUCUUCGUUGUUUGAUCGUGGCGAUCCAAAUCGGAUGAAAUGGUAUCCCGACGUUUACACAAGCGAGGAUACGAGUCGAUUGGUGCGUUCAUGGAACCAGCUCCCCUUCAGCGGAGCCGCGCUUCUCGCCAGAGUCUAG